UGUCAUGGUACUACGCAAUUGGUAGUAAUGCAGAUUUGGACAGCUGUUCUUCUGAAAUUCUGGAGCUCUUCAAUAAAGCUGAGGAUAAUAUUGAGAAAGGUAUAGAGAUGUGGGAGGAAAUGGAAGAACAGCGUCUGAAGAAUCGAUCUAAACCUAGCUAGGAGAAUAUUGCGCUAGAGAAGAUGGGCUUGGAGGAGUAUAUCAAGGAUGUAUCCACUGAUGAUGCGGCUGAACAGGCUUCCAAUUUAAGGUUUCAGAUAAACAUUUUAUGGGGUAUGCUCCUUUAUGAGCGUUCAGUUGUGGAAUUUAAAUUAGGUCUCUCAAUGUGGGAGGAUUGUUUGAUGGCUGCUAUUGAAAAGUUCAAACUUGGGGGAGCUUCUGCCACAUAUAUUGCUGUGCUGGUGAAAAACCACUAUGCCAAUGAAACUGCUCAAGAUGGUUUGGGCUUCAAGAUUGAUGAAAUUGUUCAAGCCUGGAAUGAAAUGUAUGACAUUAAACGGUGGCUGCGUGGUGUUCCAUUGUUUCGCCUUGAGCCAUUAUUUAGGCGAAGAGUUCCACAAUUGCAUACUGCACUUGAACAUAUAUAGUACUCAUGAAGUUGUUCUACAUCAUAUUGGAUUUCAAUACUUUUUUAUCAGUGACACUUUUCUCUUUUUUGGUGAGUACAAUAACUGUAUUUUUAUCUUGUAAUAGAUUAGUUUUAUUCAUACGACAAGCACUAUGCACUGUGAUAUUUGUUGAUUUUUCCUUUA